AUGGAACGACUCAGCCAUGGAGGCGGCGGAUCGCUCGCCGUGGUGACGCAGUCGCCGCCGCUCAACCGCCGGCUGUCGGCAGAGCCCCCAACCUCGCCCCAGACGUCGGCCUCCCCCAACCGCAUCCAACCGCAAUCGCGUGCCGUGGCCCAAGAGAUCAACGCCAUCCAGACGCUCAAGCGGCUGUCUAUCGGUGCCGCGCUGACCACCGACCCGGACCUGCCGGACGCCUACCACUCGUACCACGUGGCGCAGGCGCUGGGCAUUGACAUGGACACGGACGAGUUCCAUGAUGCAGCUGAGACGACAGACGUGGUGGGAGUGGGCCGCUCGCGGUCUGCGGGAGCGGGAGCCGCUACUUCGCCCACGCCCCCGGCACGCACACUCGCCAGACACACGUCACUGGACACCCCCACCACACCGCCCCGACGGCGCUCCUCCGCCCGCAAGUCGUCGUCUUCCUCAAGCUCGUCCCCAGACCGAAACUCGCUGCUGUGGGUCCCAGCGUCUAUCCAUCCGGAGCUGGCUCCGCAGGAGUGGAAGACGUUUGUGGAAAACAAGGUGGCGGGCAUGGAUGAGGAGACAGACACGCGCCGGCUGUCGGCGUCGUCGCUGUCAAGCUUGUCACGAUCUCCGUCAGCCACAUACACCCAGACUGACGUGGGAGAGGCCAACGUGGAACACAAGCGCAAGUCGGGCCUGCAACGCUCAAACUCUCGACUCUCAAAACAAAUCCGCGACCAGGAGGACUACACAGACGGCUCCGAGAUUCUGGAGAACCGACGCAGAUCGUCGCUAUUGUCCACCUCAACGCUCGGCUCCGUCACCAUCGAGGAGCUGUCCACGCAGCUGUCCCAGUUGACUACACAGCAGACGAACGCAGAUCCGUUCACACUGGCACGUUCGCUGUCGGUGUCACGAGAUGGACAAACGUCGCCCCAAAAGCUGCAGCGCAAAAAGACUCUGGACUCGUCUCCGGGAGUGGACUCCAUCCAGGAGGAGGAAGAAUCCAACACGCCGCUCAUGGGUCUGCGACGGGCCAAGCGGACCAACUACUCCAAGCCGAGUAGCAUUCGUCGUGCUAGGGCCGAGUCUGCCGCUCGAGAUCGGAACCCCUUUGAUGCUGAUUCGCCCUCUCAGACUCAGACUCAGACACCAUCACAAUCACAGGUUGCGGAUCCCGCCAUUGAUCCCGCUGAUCCUGUUUCUACAAUCGUGGAUACUGCGGACUCUCUUCCUCCUACUCCCCCGCCUAAGGAGGACAAGUAUCUGCAGGACAAACAGCUGCACGUGGAUGUUGCUGUUGACAAGCCGCCAUUGAUGGCUCCCCUCGAUGGCUUGGACAAACCGGUGCCUUCUCUUCCGCCACCAGCAGCGGGAGAAGACUUGGACGUGAAUGUAAACGUGGACAAGCCCAUGCCUCCAAUUCCUGGAGGAGUCGUGGGAGCAGUUGGAGCGGUGGACGACGGGGAGGUCUCACCAAACUCUCCGGUGCAAGCCGUUGAGCAGAUUUCUCCCAAGCAGCAGAUUCCGCCCGAACAGGUGUCUCCUACUCAGGUUUCGCCCAAACAUGUGGUUUCCAAGGAGAGUGAGCCAGAAUUGGUGUCUCAUACUGUGACAGUCACUGCUCCGGCUUUGGACAAGCCGCUUCCCGACGGAAAGCCUCCGCAUGCUGCUCAGGCUCCUUCUCCUGCGCCUCCAACAGUUCCUCUUCCUGCUGCUCCCGAAGACGACAACGGCUUCUCGUUUGAAGACGACGUUAAGCAGAGAAGACGAGGUGCUCCUGGCGGUCCUCCUCCGGGCCCGACACCUGUUCCGGUUACCAGCUCCGUCCCUGGCCCUUCCUCUGGCCCUUCUUCUGGCCCUGGCCCUGGCCCCAGGCCGGAUAUGGCUGCCCCUCCUCCUCCAGGACAGGUACAGGGUCCUCGAGAUGGUCCUAUGCCCCGAGAUGGACCCCGAGAUGGACCCCGAGAUGGACCCCGAGAUGGACCCCGAGAUGGACCCCGCGAUGGACUCCGAGACGGUCCUCGGGACACUCACGGACCUCCCCACCACGGAUACCACGGUGGCCAGCCCAUGCACCGACAACAUUCACAUCCCCCGCAUCAACAACCACAUUCUCAGCAUCCCCAGCAACAGCAUCCCCAGCAGCAUCCCCGGCAGCAUCUCCAGCAGCAACAACAUCAACAGCACCAGGGCCCCCCUCCUGGUUAUAAUGGACCUCCUCCGAAACACAAGCGUCGAGAUCGUCCACAUGGCCAAGGUCAUCCACAGCAGCAGGGCCCCUAUCCCGCGCCCCAGGGACAGCAGCAGGGCCCGUACCCUGGACCUUCUGGGCAACACCCCGCUCCUCACCAGGGUCACCAGGGAGGUCCCUACCCUCCCGCACAUCGGUCCAGAGGCCAUGCCCAGGGCCAACAUGGGCUGGCGCAUGGACCUCAGAACCAUGUCCAGGGUCACGGGCCGAACCACGGACCGAACCAUGGCCCCCAGGGUGGGCACGGGGGUAAUAGCCCCCAGGGCGGACACGGUCACAGCCGGCCCCAGCAGCGUCCUCCAGGACGAGGCAAGCCGGGAACUCAUGGGGGACCUCCUGGACCGUACAAGCCGGGCCACAAGUCGAGCCACAGCCACAGUCCCGAGCUGAAAAGUCAUCCCGACUUCCCCUCGACUUCAGGGUCCUCCGCGGCAUCCAGAGACCCGUCUCAUGCUCGAGAUGGAAGCACGGCGUCGGAGCCCACCCCCUCUACUGUUGACUCGCCGGACCAACACGCGCCUCCCUCACCGCCUCAGCCUCUGCACAAGGAGCUGAGUUACAAGGAGCUUCCCAUCAACAAGGAGGCGCCAGUGGUCUACCGUAUCACGGACGAGCAGCUGAUUGGCGGAUCAUCGUUCAACUCGCCAUCGAUGAUGGGCCAGACGACUGACGUGCUUUCGUCGAUUCCACCGUCAGAGCAGCUAUACGGCCGAGGGCGCUCCAACACGGCUCCCAGCAGCGACGCCGGCUACGACUCGGAUGGCGAGGUGACCAAGACCAAGUCCAAAUCGAAGAAGAGCACGUGGGGCUGGCUACUAGGCGACAAGGACAAGGACGGCAAGGACAAGGAUGGAGGAAAGGACGCCAGUAACGCCGAGGACGAGGUACACGCGCCGGCGCAGUCUUCCAACCUCAUCAAGCGCAAGGUCAAGGGCAAGAAGGACGCAGCGACCCUGAUCACGUCGUUUUUCAAGAAAGACAAGAAGGGCGACGACGACAUUAACACAGCAGGAGAGGACAAGCGGGAGGACAAGAAGGAGGUGGACCAGAGAGAGCAGAGAGAGCAGAGGGAACAGAGGCGAGAGCCAGAGCUUCCAGUCGACGUGCAGCAGCAGGCAACAAACUCUCCUGUUCAGGCCGUCCCUGUGCUGGCUCCCUCCUCAUCGCAACCAUCGCAAUCUGGACAACCCGGCCGUCGAGGAACAGCACCUGCAGCUGCUUCGUCGGCUCCCGAGGACCGGUCCCGAUCUCAGUCUCCGUCUCAGCGUCGACGGAUCCAAAAGGCACGCAACUCCAAGAGCCCCACCAAGCGACGACGCGACAAGAACAAGUCCAAGUCUGAGCACGUGCGAGCCGAGCUGGAGCGACAGGACGACCACAUGGACGUGGAUCGGACCGUGGUGGGCCCUGGCUCAAAGGAUAUGGAGGACACUGUUCCGUCUGAGUCCAGUGAUGGAUACAUGGACCCUGCGCAGCAGCAGCAGCCCAUGUACUCGCCCAUCGAUCCGGCUCUGUUCGAUCUGCCGUCCACUUACAUGAAGCCCAACAUGAUGACAGUGAUGGACUACGAGACUCCGAUUUUCUACUCGGGUCCCGCAGUUCUGGUGCCUCCCGGUGCCGGACGGGCCAUGGUCAUGUACUACCAUCGGUUCCCGCUGCACAUUGAGCGGGCCAUCUACCGGCUGUCUCAUUUGAAGCUGGCCAACCCUCGUCGCCCACUGGUGCAGCAAGUGCUGCUGUCCAACUUUAUGUACGCAUAUCUGGAUCUCAUCAACCAGGGCUACCAGCAGCAGCAGCAGCAGUACGAGGCAGGGGCUGGUCAACUGGGCGCCGGAGCCGGAGCCGGAGCUGGAGCUGGAGCUGAUGGAGCUGCAGGAGAAACCACCGAGUCUGUCGAGGCCGACGACUACUUCUCUGAAGGCACCUAUGACCAGAUGGUGGAGCAGAAUGCGUACGCUGCCGUUGUGGACGAUGACGCCAUGGGCAGUCCUGUAAGCACCAGCAGUUCCAGCAGUAGCUCCAGCAACGAGGAGUACUGGCACGAGGAGGGACAUUAG